UUAAGUGGGUAUUUAUUUUGGUUCACAGUUUAAGGAUUUAAUGAAUGCAUCAUAGCAGGGAGGCCGUGAUUUCAAAAGCCACAGACAGCUGGCCACAUUGUAUACACAGUCAGGGAACAGAGAAAGACAAUGCAGGUGCACAGCUUGCUUUCUCCUUCAUUCAGCUCCGGACUCUUAGGGUACAAAUAUCCAGACUGAGGCCUCUGGAUUCAGUGUUUCUGGAAACACAUCCAUGGACACACUCAGAGAUGUUUCUAUAGUGAUUCUAAACCUACCAAGCCGACAAUGAAGAUGGAACCAUCACAAUUACCAGUAGGGCCAGGAGCAUGUGAGGCCUCAGGACAGGGUGAAGGAAGACUUCACAGUGCCCAUACCACAGACUCUUCUGAGGCUUACCACACCUUUCCGUGAAACUUUGCUGACACUGGCAUGAGUGUGGUUGGCAACAGCGGGAGCUUGGCUCCACACUGAUUAAAGAAAGGGAAAGAGGAGCUGGAGAGAUGGCUCAGUGGUUAAGAGCACUGGCUGGUUUUCCAGAGGUCCCGUGUUCAAUUCCCAGCAACCACAUGGUGGCUCACAACUAUCUGUAAUGGGAUCUGAUGCCCUCUUCUGGUGUGUCUGAAGACAGCUACAGUGUCCUCACAUACAUAAAGAAAAGGAAAAAGAAAAAGAAAGGGAAAGAAGUGGAGGUAUGUUGUGACUUCCUGGUGAGUGUGCUGCUUAAAAUGGCCCUGCUCUGGCUAAGACCACAGCAGCAUUUCAGUCAUGACACAGCAGGCACUUUAAAAAUUAACUUAGAUUUGAUUUUUAAAAACAAAGUCUUACUCUAGCCCAGGCUAACCUGGAACUCACUACAUGGGAGAGGCUGCCUUUGAACUUGCAACCAUCCUCUUGACUGACUCCAGAGUGCUGGAAUUACUUACAGGGAUGUGGCGCUAAGUCCAGCUUUUUAUUUUAAAUUUUAUUUCAUUGUGUGAAUAUGAGUUUGGCCUGCAUGUCUUUAUGUAUAAUCACAUUUGUGCCUGCAGAGAUCAUAAGAAGGCACUGAAUGCCCUAAAACUGGAAUUAUGGAGGGUUGCAGGCCACCAAUAUGGGUCCUCUGCAAAAACGAGUGCUCUUUUAUUCCAAGUCAUCUCUCUAGCAUCAUGCCCAGCUUUUAAAGAUUACUGAAUGAGCAUUUCUUAACCCCUGGCCCAUCUCUCCAGCUCCCUUAUGAGAAUUUUUAUUAGUGUAUGCUAAUUGUACAAAACAAUGUGCUUCGCCUCUUGUGCUGGCACAUGCCUUAUAAUCCCGGCACUUGGGAGGCAGACUUAGGGCAGAUCUCUAUGUAUUGUACCAGCCAGGGAUACACCGUGAGAUCCUGUCUUAAAACAAGCAAACCAAAAUAAUGGGUUUCAUAUGACAUUCUCGUACAUGCAUGUAAUAUACUGGAGGGGCGUAAUUGGACAUAUUCUGCCCUUGUCUGAAGAUAAUAUCUACAGGGUAUUAAAUAAAUGUAUUACAAUUCUUUGUAUACCAUAUAUUCGCGGGGGGAGUCCGCAAUGGCGCAGACUUGCCAAGCCCCCUCUUCCCACAGCCAAUCAACUGCCUCCCAGGAGCGAUUCCCUCCCUCCUCUUCUGCAGCACCUGGACUCUAGGCAGCCUUGUAGCUCUGUUCAGGAAUGGAUCCUUAGGAGUUACCACCAACCCUUGGGGCACAGCUGAGAGCCUGGAAGUGCAUCCAAGGGCCAGAAAAUGCUGGGAUUCGUUCCGAGUUCAAGGUCCAAGUCGGGCCCAAAUAAUUUGUAGAUGAAACCCGAGGUGCAGAUCAGGAAAGCUAAUGCGCAGGGUCACCCCUAAAUGGAGAGCAAAGGGAUAGGCAGGGUAUUCUCCGCGUAGGUUGUCAUCGGGUACGGGUUUUGGGGGUCCACAUGUUCUGAAGAAGCUGGAGCCGAAACCAUUGUCCUAAAUCUGCUGGCUAGGUUUGCCUGUUUCCCGGGCACCGGUUUUUGGAGACUGACGGCUGCUGAGACCCAUUUACAACAGUUUCGAGGUUCCCUGUGCCUUAAACCCCAAGCUCUUUGCUUCCCGAACCUCCCGUUCGAGCUCUCGGCGAUCUGCUGACAAAGUCUGAGGCUUCGUACGCCCUUCUCUAGUAUGAACUGUUUAGGCUGCCGUCAAGCUGUAACUGCGCAGGCGCCAAGACAGCCAACCAAGAAGGCUGAAGAUUGGGUGCCGGAGGCUCUAGGGAGCUUCAGGGCGGAGAGUGAAGGAGCCAAUGGCUGGAAGGAGGGAGGGUGGGAGCUCACAGUCGCGGGGAGGAGGCGCUAGAGAUGGGGUGAAGGGGCGUUCAAGGGUUCCGCGCGUCUAAGUAGUCCUGGGCUGCGGAAGUUGAGCAACUUGGAGGCGGGCCUAGGGCCGGAAGCAGGAAGGAGGGCUCAGGACGCAGGGCGCCGCUGCCAGCAGUGCUGUCGGCCGGUGGGACUUGUCGGUGGCCAGAGCAGGAUGGAGAAGCUGCGGCUUCUGGGCCUACGCUACCAGGAGUACGUGACUCGUCAUCCAGCCGCCACGGCCCAGCUGGAGACGGCUGUGCGGGGCCUCAGUUACCUGCUGGCAGGUCGCUUCUCCGAUUCCCACGAGCUGUCUGAGUUGGUGUACUCUGCCUCUAACCUGCUUGUGCUGCUCAAUGACGGGAUCCUUCGGAAGGAGCUUCGAAAAAAGUUGCCUGUGUCGCUGUCCCAGCAGAAGUUGCUGACAUGGCUGAGUGUACUGGAAUGUGUGGAGGUGUUCAUGGAGAUGGGGGCUGCCAAGGUGUGGGGCGAAGUAGGCCGUUGGCUCGUCAUUGCUCUCAUCCAGCUGGCCAAGGCAGUCCUGCGCAUGUUCUUGCUGAUCUGGUUCAAGACUGGCAUUCAGACAUCACCCCCCAUUGUGCCACUGGACAGGGAGACCCAGGCACAGCCCUUGGAUGGCGACCACAAUCUGGGCAGCCCGGAACCGUCAUAUGUGGGAAAACGGUCAAACAGAGUGGUGCGAACCCUCCAGAACAGCCCAUCCCUGCACUCGAGGCACUGGGGAGCCCCCCAGCAGCGGGAAAUUCGGCAGAAACAACAGCAGGAGGAACUGAGCACACCCCCAACACCUCUGGGACUGCAGGAGACCAUUGCAGAGUCUUUGUAUAUCGCCCGGCCCCUGCUGCACUUGCUCAGCCUGGGCUUAUGGGGUCAGCGAUCGUGGGCACCCUGGCUCCUGUCUGGUGUGGUGGAUAUGACUAGGGUCAUAGGUCAUCCUUGUCCCUAUGUCCCUUCCCCUACAGCCUGAGUCUCCUGAGCGACAGGAAGA